AUGAGGAAAACGCACUAUUUGAAGGAAAGAAAGGGCGCGCUCUUUACCCAAAGGAUUAGGGUAAUCUCGCCAGCAUGGUUUUCUCCUCAUAAGGUGGACGAGACGAGUACGACUGUUGUCUUGCCGGACUGGAUAGCUCAAAUGAAGCAUGGCUCAACGAUUCAAUUCCAGCCGCAAGAUGUCGAGCUGAAGGAGAAAAAUGUGUUGAAAUUGAAGUUCUCAUGCGGCGAAUUUCUCGUCCUUAAUGAGAAUGCCGUCUAG